AUGGAUUCACUCAGUUAUAUUGAAAAAUCAAAGUUUUGGGCAAUGACGAUACCUGCAAAUGCUUCAUGGUGCUGGAAAAAGCUUCUUCAGCAUAGACCACCUGCUCAACUAUGGAUUAGUGUAUCUAUUGGAGCUGGUUGUGACACGUUUUUUUGGUAUGUUAAUUGGUACACUGAGGGUCCUCUCUACUUAAAGCAUCCUGAGUCUCUAUUUAAGAACUUGGAAAUUUAUCCAUACUCAAAAGUUGCUGACUCUGUGAAGAAUAGAAGCUGGAAUUGGUCAACAGGUAGAAGAUUUAAUGCUUUGGUGCAAGAGUUUCAGCAAAUCACACCAGUGAUUUUGCUGAACCAAUUACAUAGAUCAAAUCAUGUCAAAUGGGCAGCCCCUUCUUCUAGUGAAUUUUCUGUGAAAUCUGCCAUGAAGAAAGUUAAUGAUGACCAAGGACAGGCUGCUCAAAUGGGAUGUGUUUGGGAUAAGAUGCAAUACCUGUGCUUGAUGUAUAGAGGUCCCUUACCAUGCAGUUUAGGACCUGGAAUGAUGGUGUAA